GUUUAAAGUAAAUUCUGCCACCGGAUUGUUUCGCUGUGUGUACUUAGUUGUCUCUUCAUUUAUCGUCGUGGAAUCGCAUACAAAGUUGAUAUAUUAAUUUUUUCAAUUUUGCUUGUUGUCUUUAUUGUUUAUUUUCGGAUCAUUGAGUCCUAUCGAAUGCUGUUAGACAGGUAUUAAAGUGUUAAUACUGUCUAGAUUUGUCUUUCUACUGCUAUCUUAAUUAUGUCCUUGAGUUUAAGUUAUAACUUGGUAGUAUGCUGACGGAAGAUAUUGUCUAUUAACUCAAAAUAAUUUAAAUUUUUUUUUUUGUGACAAUAUCAAUUUUUCACCAAAAUGGGCUUAACAUUAUCAAGUGUUUUGGCACGUCUAUAUGGAAAGAAGCAAAUGAGAAUUCUUAUGGUUGGAUUGGAUGCUGCUGGAAAAACAACCAUUUUAUAUAAAUUUAAGUUAGGUGAAAUAGUUACUACAAUUCCUACCAUAGGCUUCAAUGUUGAAACUGUUGAAUACAAAAAUAUUUGCUUCACAGUUUGGGAUGUUGGUGGACAAGAUAAAAUAAGACCGCUAUGGAGACAUUACUUUCAGAACACGCAAGGAUUAAUAUUUGUUGUUGACUCCAAUGAUCGGGAAAGAAUUCAAGAAGCAGAAAGAGAACUUCAAAACAUGUUGCAGGAAGAUGAACUUCGAGAUGCAGUUUUGCUUGUUUAUGCUAAUAAACAAGAUCUUCCCAAUGCAAUGAACCCAUCAGAACUCACCGAUAAGUUGGGUUUGAAGCAGCUUAGAAAUCGUCAAUGGUUCAUUCAAGCUUCAUGUGCUACUCAAGGACAUGGUCUAACCGAAGGUUUAGAUUGGCUUUCGAAUGAGCUGGCAAAGAGAUCUUAAAAGCCAAAUAAAAAAUAAGUACUGAUCUUAAGAGAAGAUUUUGAAGUUGAAACAUUUUAAAUUUCACCUAUGUAAAGUCAAAAGUGUGUAGUGACAAAGUUAGUCAAGAAACUUGGUUAAAAGAAGGAUUGACAUUCCAACUAUCAAUAUCCAAAGCAUAUGAUUAAGUAUUACAAAUAAAAUGUAAGAUUUGGUACUGAUAUUUUGGUAAUUAACAAACUAAUGGUUUAUUGGUAAUUAACCAUAUUUUCAAUAAAACUAAUAUACAAAGUUCUUUAUAUGAAUUUUUGUCAUUUUACAGUUAACUUAUAUAUUUGCCUUCAGCUUUGUAUGAUUAUGCAUGAAUUUGUAUUUUGUUUCCUCUUUUAAGUAACUGAUUGUUAUUGGUUUACAUUUCCAUAUGUCAACCGAGUUUAUCAUGAUUUUAUUGUUAGUAUACUUCAUUCCUUCUUUGUGUGGAUUUUAUUAUUAGGGAAGUGACUGAUAAUAUUUGCAUCAAACUUUUUCAUUACGAUUCAUUUUCUCUAAAAAUGAAUUAAUAUGGCAUACAAUUGCAUUUGAGUACUAUUUGUAUGUAUUAUAAAUACUUAAAUUAUAUGGAGAUAUAUAUUAGUCCAGCUAUAGUGUUAUGUAUGUGUUUACACUAAUAAAAUACUUAUAUAUGUAUAUAGUAUUACUUCAUAGCCUCAUAAUAAUGGUUUCUCCUGCAUACUAUAGUGAGUCAUUUCGAAAAAUUAAGUGUUCAGUAGAUCAAUCAAUCAAUUUUGAAUAUUUAAUGUUCAGAAUAGCUAUUCUCUUUUUUAAAAUUAAUAUUCUCAUGUAAAUGCCUUGUAUGAAUUUAACCCUAUUGUAUUUUGU